AUGGCGGCAGACAUGAGAUUACCAGAUAUUCGAAAACCAGUGUCACUUUCCACUUUCGACCGAAAGGACCUGGUGGUUCCCGGCGAUGUGAUCACGUCAGACACCGGUUUCAUGAGGGGUCAUGGUACCUAUGUUGAUGAAGACAAGCUGACGGCUUCAGUCGCUGGAGAGGUGCAGAGAGUUGACAAGCUGAUCUGUGUCAGACCUCUCAAGACCAGGUUCAACGGUGAGGUUGGAGACGUGGUGGUUGGGAGAAUUACAGAGGUACAACAGAAACGCUGGAAGGUGGAGACCAACUCUCGGCUGGACUCUGUCCUCUUGUUGUCCUCUGUCAAUCUGCCUGGAGGAGAGCUGGCGGAGGUGCAGUCUGUCUUCGCAGACGGAGCUUUAUCACUUCACACCCGUAGUUUAAAGUACGGAAAAUUGGGUCAAGGGGUGGUGGUACAGCUUUCUCCUUCUCUGAUCAAGAGGCAGAAGUCACAUUUCCACAACCUGCCGUGUGGCGCAUCCGUUAUUCUCGGGAAUAACGGUUAUGUGUGGUUGUAUCCAACACCAGAAAACCAGGAGGAGGAGGCUGGGGGCUUCUACACCAGUUUGGAGCCCGUGAGCCUGUCGGAUCGAGAAGUGAUUUCACGGUUGAGGAACUGCCUGUUAGCGUUGGCUGCACACAAGGUCCUAUUGUUUGACACCAGUGUUCUCUACUGCUAUGAAUCUUCACUUCAAAACCAGGUCAAGGACAUCUUGAAACCAGAAGUGAUGGAGGUGAUUGUAAUGUUGACACAACAGAAGCUGUUGGAACAGGAAGGUUAG